AUGCCUAAUAGCGAGCAUUAUGAAAUCGUAAACACUUACCAAAGUCUUACUCGGAGGGCGAAGCAUCAUAGAAAUUUGCUUGAGCGCAUUAUGAAGCAAUGGAAAAACGAGUAUUUGUUGGCUUUACGAGAGCAAUCAAGCACCAGAUCAAGAAUUAACAGAAAUCCUGAGAUAGCGUUAGGAGACAUUGUUAUUAUUCGUAACGACCAAACGAAACGUAAUUUUUGGAAAUUGGCGAAAGUGGAGCAACUACUCCGCGGUGAAGACGGGGUUCCUCGUGCUGCUGUUGUCAGAGUUCUUCGUGAGAAUUCAAAUAAUUCGCAGUUCUUAAGAUGCUCAAUCCAGCACUUGAUCCCUAUUGAAGUGAGACAUGAAAGUGAGACCGACGGAUUAAAGAAUGCGGAUCAAGAAAGUGAAGAGACGGUGAACGCACAAGUAUUACGUCCAACUGAGCGACCGCAACGGAAUGCAGCCAUAACCGGACAAUUGAAACGGUUGAAACAGAUGGGCAAGUUGUAG